UUGGUGCAAAAAUGUGUCCAACCAAAAAGCUUGCCGUCAAAUGGCGCGUGGUGAUUUCUGAAAGCCAGUCCUCUGUUGCACCAGACAACUGGAUAAUUUGGGAAACGUGGGGACUUUUCCAUCCACAAAAAAAAAACCAGGCAUCUCGAUCUGCCAAGAAGCCAAAAUGUCCAGAUAAAAAGUGGACUGUUCACAACAUUGAUCGAAUAUCUGAGGCCUACAAAAUUUACCAAUCGAGUGUCAUUGACGAUGAAUUGGAUCACGAUAGGUUUUUAAAUAAAUACGGCUUUUCGUCAGUUCAAAAAAAGAAGUCAUUUGAAGAAAAAAUUUACGGCAUUGAGACAGAAGAUCAGAUAAAAAAGGAUAAAUGCACGGAACAAUGUCCAAAAAUCGCAGAUAUAAAACUUGUGGAACCGAGGACUGACCUAAGUAGAUUUAAAAUGCAUGAAACAUUCCGGGAAUGUUCCGCGGGAACCUUCGGAAAGUUCCAGUGGAACGUAACAGGAACGUUCCCUGAGCGUGUAAAUAUCCGCUACGUGGGAACGUUCCAGGAAUAUUCCACUGGAACGUUCAAGGAAUAA